UUCCGUGGGAGCGGCAGGAAAUGGAAGGGCCUCUCUCCUCUCUCUGAUUAUUUGCUUUUUUUUUUUUCUUUCCUCUCUCCACCUCUCCAGAAAGGAAGACGGGGGGAAAAGAUCCGGCUGCUUGGCGGGUGUGUUCCCCCUCUUCUGCCGUGUCCUCUCGGCUGCAGGGACAGACAUGGAACUGCUGCAGGUGCUCGCUUUCAGUUUCUUAGCCCUGUGCGGAGCCCAAGCUCAAGAGCCUGAGUUCAGCUAUGGCUGCGCGGAGGGCAGCUGCUACCCGGCCACUGGCGACCUUCUCAUCGGCCGAGCCAAGAAGCUCUCGGUGACCUCGACGUGCGGGCUGCACAAGCCCGAGCCGUACUGUAUUGUCAGCCACCUCCAGGAGGACAAAAAGUGCUUCAUAUGCAAUUCACAAGACCCUUAUCAUGAUACUCUAAAUCCUGACAGUCAUCUCAUUGAAAAUGUUGUCACUACAUUUGCUCCAAACCGCCUUAAGAUUUGGUGGCAAUCAGAAAAUGGUGUGGAAAAUGUAACUAUCCAACUGGAUUUGGAGGCAGAAUUCCAUUUUACUCAUCUCAUAAUGACCUUCAAGACAUUUCGUCCAGCUGCCAUGCUCAUAGAACGCUCAUCUGACUUUGGGAAAACCUGGGGCGUCUACCGAUACUUUGCCUAUGACUGUGAGAGUUCAUUUCCAGGCAUUUCAACUGGGCCUAUGAAAAAAGUUGAUGAUAUCAUUUGUGAUUCCCGAUAUUCCGACAUUGAACCCUCGACAGAAGGAGAGGUGAUAUUUCGUGCUUUAGAUCCUGCCUUCAAAAUAGAGGAUCCUUACAGUCCAAGGAUACAAAAUCUCCUCAAAAUCACAAAUCUGAGAAUCAAGUUUGUGAAACUACAUACUUUGGGAGAUAACCUUUUGGAUUCCAGAAUGGAAAUCAGAGAAAAAUACUACUAUGCAGUCUAUGAUAUGGUGGUUCGAGGAAAUUGCUUCUGCUAUGGUCAUGCCAGUGAAUGCGCCCCUGUAGAUGGCUUUGAUGAGGAAGUAGAAGGAAUGGUCCAUGGACAUUGCAUGUGCAGGCAUAAUACUAAGGGCUUAAACUGUGAGCAGUGCAUGGAUUUCUAUCAUGAUUUACCCUGGAGACCUGCUGAAGGUCGAAACAGCAAUGCCUGCAAAAAGUGUAACUGCAAUGAACAUUCCAGCUCAUGCCACUUUGACAUGGCAGUUUACUUGGCUACUGGAAACGUCAGUGGAGGAGUGUGUGAUGAGUGCCAGCACAACACAAUGGGACGCAACUGUGAGCAGUGCAAGCCGUUUUACUAUCAGCACCCAGAGAGAGACAUUCGAGACCCUAAUGUCUGUGAACAAUGUACUUGUGAUCCAGCUGGUUCUCAGAAUGAGGGAGUUUGUGAUAGUUACACUGAUUUUUCUGUUGGCCUCAUUGCUGGCCAGUGUCGGUGUAAGUUGUAUGUGGAAGGAGAACACUGUGAUAUUUGCAAAGAAGGCUUCUAUGGUCUAAGUGCUGAAGAUCCAUUUGGUUGUCAAUCUUGUGCUUGCAACCCUCUGGGAACAAUUCCUGGCAGGAAUCCUUGUGAUUCAGAGACUGGUUACUGCUACUGUAAACGCCUGGUGACAGGACAGCAUUGCGACCGGUGUCUGCCAGAGCAUUGGGGCUUAAGCAAUGAUUUGGAUGGAUGUCGACCAUGUGACUGUGACCUUGGGGGAGCAUUAAACAAUAGCUGCUCAGCAGAGUCAGGCCAGUGCUCCUGUCGACCCCACAUGAUUGGGCGCCAGUGCAAUGAAAUGGAGUCUGGUUAUUACUUUACCACCUUGGAUCACUACAUCUACGAAGCAGAAGAAUCCAACUUUGGGCCUGGUGUCAGCAUAGUGGAGCGGCAGUAUGUCCAAGACCGGAUUCCUUCCUGGACUGGAGCAGGUUUUGUCCGAGUGCCUGAAGGUGCCUAUUUGGAGUUUUUCAUUGACAACAUACCUUAUUCUAUGGAAUACGAAAUUCUGAUUCGCUAUGAGCCACAGCUACCUGACCAUUGGGAAAAAGCUGUCAUCACAGUGCAGCGACCAGGGAAGAUUCCAACCAGCAGCCGCUGUGGUAAUACUGUUCCUGAUGAUGACAACCAGGUGGUGUCCUUAUCACCUGGCUCCAGGUAUGUUGUUCUUCCACGCCCUGUCUGCUUUGAGAAGGGAGUGAACUACACGGUGAGGUUAGAGCUGCCCCAGUACACCUCUUAUGAUAGUGAUGUGGACAGCCCUUACACGCUCAUUGAUUCACUUGUUCUGAUGCCAUUCUGUAAAUCACUGGACAUCUUCACUGUGGGAGGUUCAGGAGAUGGUUUGGUUACCAAUAGCGCCUGGGAAACCUUCCAACAAUACCGAUGCCUGGAGAACAGCAGAAGUGUUGUGAAAACACCCAUGACUGAUAUUUGUAGAAACAUAAUCUUUAGCAUUUCUGCCCUCCUACACCAGACAGGCCUGGCUUGUGAAUGUGACCCUCAGGGCUCAUUAAGCUCUGUCUGUGACCCCAACGGAGGCCAGUGUCAGUGCCGGCCAAAUGUAGUGGGAAGAACCUGUAACAGAUGUGCUCCUGGAACCUUUGGAUUUGGCCCUAGUGGAUGCAAACCUUGUGAGUGCCACCUGCAAGGAUCUAUCAAUGCUUUCUGUGAUCCCAUCACUGGCCAGUGCCACUGUUUCCAGGGGAUCUAUGCUCGACAGUGUGACAGGUGCUUACCUGGGUACUGGGGUUUUCCCAGUUGCCAACCCUGCCAGUGCAACGGCCAUGCCGAGGACUGUGACUCAGUGACAGGGGAGUGCUUGAGCUGCCAGGAUUACACCACUGGGCAUAACUGUGAAAGGUGCUUGGCUGGUUACUAUGGUGAUCCCAUCAUUGGGUCAGGAGAUCACUGCCGACCUUGUCCUUGCCCAGAUGGCCCUGAGAGUGGACGCCAAUUUGCCAGUAGCUGUUAUCAAGAUCCUGUGACUUUACAGCUUGCCUGUGUCUGUAACCCUGGAUACAUUGGUUCCAGGUGCGAAGACUGUGCUGCAGGCUACUAUGGCAAUCCCUCGGAUGUAGGGGGCACAUGUCAGCCCUGCCAGUGUCACCACAACAUUGACAUGACGGACCCAGAGGCCUGUGACAAAGAGACUGGGCGGUGUCUCAAGUGCCUGUACCACACUGAAGGGGAGCACUGCCAGCAGUGCCGAUUGGGGUACUAUGGGGAUGCCCUCCGACAGGACUGCCGAAAGUGUGUCUGUAACUACCUGGGCACUGUGCAGGAGCACUGUAACGGCUCUGAUUGCCAGUGUGACAAGACCACUGGUCAGUGCUUGUGUAUGCCUAAUGUGGUUGGGCAGAACUGUGACCACUGUGCACCCAACACUUGGCAACUAGCCAGUGGGACUGGGUGUGACCCGUGCAACUGUGAUGCUGCUCAUUCCUUUGGACCGUCAUGUAAUGAGUUCACAGGGCAGUGCCAGUGCAUGCCUGGUUUUGGAGGCCGCACCUGCAGUGAAUGUCAGGAGCUGUUUUGGGGAGACCCCAACGUGGAGUGCCGAGCCUGCGACUGUGAUGCCAGGGGCAUUGAAACACCACAGUGCAACCAGUCCACAGGCCAGUGUGUUUGCAUUGAGGGUGUCGAGGGUCCACGCUGUGAUAAGUGCACUCGAGGAUACUCAGGAGUCUUCCCCAACUGCACUCCCUGCCACCAGUGCUUUGCUCUUUGGGAUGUGAUCGUCUCUGAGUUGACCAAUAGGACCCAGAAGUUCCUGGAAAAAGCCAAGGCCUUGAAGAUCAGUGGUGUGAUCGGCCCUUACCAAGAGACCGUGGACUCAGUGGAAAAGAAAAUCAAUGAGAUCAGAGACAUCCUGGCCCACAGCCCCGCUGCAGAGCCACUAAAAAACAUUGGGAGUCUUUUUGAAGAAGCAGAGAAACUAAUCAAAGAUGUUACAGAAAAGAUGGCUCAAGUAGAGAUGAAAUUAUCUGAUGUAGAUUCACAAAGCAACAGCAUAACCAAAGAACUAGAUGCCCUACAGACUGAAGCAGAAAGUCUAGACAAUACUGUGAAAGAGCUUUCUGAACAGUUGGAAUUUAUAAAAAAUUCAGAUAUUCGGGGUGCCUUGGAUAGCAUCACCAAGUAUUUCCAGAUGUCUCUUGAGGCAGAGGAGAGGGUGAAUGCCUCCACUACAGAUUCCAACAGCACUGUGGAACAAUCAGCUCUGACUCGAGACAGAAUAGAAGAUUUGAUGAUGGAGCGAGAGUCUCAAUUCAGAGAGAAACAAGAGGAACAGGCCCGCCUUCUAGAUGAACUGGCAGGCAAACUUCAAAGUCUAGACCUUUCAGCUGCUGCAGAAAUGACGUGUGGAACGCCUCCAGGGGCUUCUUGUUCUGAAACUGAAUGUGGUGGCCCAAACUGCAGAGAUGAUGAAGGACAGAAAAAAUGCGGGGGGCCUGGCUGUGGUGGAUUGGUCACUGUUGCACAUAAUGCCUGGCAGAAGGCCAUGGACUUUGACCAAGAUGUCCUGAGUGCCCUUGCUGAGGUGGAACAGCUCUCCAGGAUGGUUUCUGAAGCUAAACUGAAGGCAGAUGAGGCAAAACAGAAUGCCCAGGAGGUUUUGCUGAAAACCAAUGCUACCAAAGAAAAAGUGGACAAGAGCAAUGAGGAUCUGAGAAAUCUGAUUAAGCAAAUCAGAGACUUUCUGACUCAAGACAGUGCUGAUUUGGACAGCAUUGAAGCAGUCGCUAACGAAGUGCUGAAAAUGGAAAUGCCUAGCACCCCACAGCAGUUACAGAACUUGACAGAAGAUAUUCGUGAACGAGUUGAAAGCCUUUCUCAAGUAGAGGUGAUAUUACAACAAAGUGCUGCUGACGUUGCCAGAGCUGAGAUGUUACUAGAAGAAGCUAAAAGAGCCAGCAAAAGUGCAACAGAUGUUAAAGUCACUGCAGACAUGGUAAAGGAAGCUCUUGAAGAAGCAGAAAAGGCUCAGAUUGCAGCAGAGAAGGCAAUUAAACAAGCAGAUGAGGACAUCCAAGGAACCCAGAACCUGUUAACUUCGAUUGAAUCUGAAACUGCAGCUUCUGAAGAAACCUUAUUCAAUGCCUCGCAACGCAUCAAUGAGCUAGAGAGAAAUGUGGAAGAACUGAAACGAAAGGCUGCCCAGAACUCUGGGGAGGCAGAACAUAUUGAAAAAGUAGUAUAUGAAGUGAAGCAAAAUGCAGAUGAUGUUAAGAAGACUCUGGAUGGUGAACUUGAUGAAAAGUAUAAGAAAGUAGAACACUUAAUUGCUAAAAAAACAGAAGAGUCAGCUGAUGCCAGAAGGAAAGCUGAAAUGCUACAAAAUGAAGCAAAAACACUUUUGGCUCAAGCAAACAGCAAGCUACAACUACUGCAAGAUUUAGAAAGAAAAUAUGAGGACAAUCAGAAAUAUCUGGAAGAUAAAGCUCAAGAAUUACUAAGAUUGGAAAAAGAAGUACGCUUACUUCUAAAGGACAUAAGCCAGAAAGUUGCUAUUUAUAGCACCUGCUUAUAACAAAGGAAAGAUUGUUAUAUGGCUGUGACCAAAGUAAAAAACUGUUCCACUUAAAUUGACUUAAUGAUCUUCAAAAUAAACCAUUACCUAUUUAAUAUUUUUAAUCAUAUUUUGUAUGGAGUUAAAUAAAAUAUAGUGUUUUGUAUAAAUAUAUAUUUAGUAUAGCUCUUAAAUUCAUUGUUACUUGUACUGAUUAAACCUUUAACAAGGAAUGGUA